AUGGACAAACCAAAGACACAAACCAAAAAACACAAAGGCAAAAAAGUCGCAAUAAAUCGACACCUUAAUAUGACGGGAGGGGGCCCAUCCUGCUCCCAAAGUCUUGAUGACAUGGAAAUGGAGGUAUUAGGAACGAUGAACCCUGUUCAAAUAGAGGGUUUAGGAGGUGGAGAAACACCACUUCAGUUUUCGUUUGAUGACAUAGAUGAAAAUGCACCUCCUGAGAAUAAUUUCAAUGAUAAUGAUGUUCCACCCAAAAUUGAAAAACUCCAAAAGGUUUUGGUAGUAGACAAUACCAUAAAACAGGUUUUAGACCAACCUAGUAGAACGGGGGAACAAAAUGAUAAGAAAGGUGAACACAACUAUAGUUUGAAAUUUCCUACUUCACAUAGGCAAAAAGGCGGGGCUCCAAAAAAAAAUGGCAAAAACAUAUGUGGCCUUGAGCCAAAAACAAUUGGCCUCUUUUAA